GGCUCCAGGGAUGCUGCGCGAACGUCCUUUGCGCAGUCCCUCUCUCGCUGCUGCUGCUGUUAUGUAAACUUCUGCAGUGUAUUGUGUAGUUGUACAUGGUGCUGCUACUCAGAUCAAAUUCACAGGCUCCUGCUUUUACAAACCAUUCCUGUUAGGAAUUUGCAAAGAUACGAACGUCUGCGGUUUCUUCACUGAUCCAUUCUGUUGAAAAUAUUACGUAUCGUGCCAUGAACACCACCCGUUCGUCCUCCAUGCCAAGAGAUGGCAGUAAAGAGCAGCAGAACAGAGCAGGAGUGUGGGGCCGCCUUCGUUCAACUCACUUCCACAGUGUUUACAGCCCCGUCUGCUUUUUCUGAGUGAUGCCCAUCAACAGCAAGAUGAGGAACUUUGCAUUUUCUUACAGGACGAAUCGGUCAACGGUCGGCACUGAACACUUUGCGGAGAUGACGUAUUUGUAAUUUCACUCAUUUUAAAUGAGGUUUUUCUAAAGUUUCAAGUUAGUACAGAUGUUAAAGCUUUACAAAUUAUUUUCAUUACAUGUAGCUGUGUUUGAGAUCCUUUUUCCUGAAUCUGACCAGUAAAUAAACUGAGGACCAUCUGUAUCAUUUAGCUUUCGUUGAUUUCUGACUUUGUAGUAAAAGUAACUUUAGAGCUAUGAACAAAAUGAGUUAUGAAUGGUCCGCCGGUGUUUGUAAUCCGAGGAGCUGCCGUGUUGCACUUUCACACGGAUUUCCUCGCUCUGGUUCACACACCUCACUUGGUCCAGCGCUGAUUACCGAGGUUGACGUUAUGUCCCGUGUCGACCUCCUCGACUUAAUAUUUCGGGCCCGUUUGCACUGGAUCAAUGACCUUCCCGGAGCUCUGCGGCAGAUCCACUACGUCCUGAAGCCGGACGGCGUCUUCAUCGGGGCCAUGGUCGGGGGCGAGACGCUCUAUGAACUGCGCUGCUCCCUGCAGCUGGCGGAGCUGGAGAGGGAGGGGGGCUUCGCCCCACACGUGUCCCCCUACACGGCGAUUACGGACCUGGGAAACCUCCUGGGGCAGGCAGGGUUCAACAUGCUGACCGUGGACGUGGACGACAUUCAGGUCCACUACCCGGGGAUCUUCGAACUAAUGAGUGACUUACAAGGAAUGGGUGAAAGUAACUGCGCCUGGAACAGGAAAUCCAUGUUGCACAGAGACACCAUGCUGGCUGCCGCUGCUAUAUAUAAGGAAAUGUACGGCGCCAAAGACGGUUCCGUCCCUGCCACGUUUGAGAUCUUCUACAUGAUCGGCUGGAAGCCUCACGAGUCACAGGCAAAACCAGCAAGACGGGGUUCAGCAAACGUUUCGUUCGGUGACCUCAGCAAAUUAAACGAGUCACCCAACACAGGCGAUCCGAAAAUGGGAUGACGGCACCCCUCUCUGGCCCAGCAAUCUGUUCCCCCCUCCCCACACACACGUCACGCUAUAGGGAACCGGAAUACGCGCCGUUUUCCCACCGGGAUGUUUAGGUGGGAGGUCUGACUGCUUUGGGGUUCUUCAGGGAAGCUUGUUUCAGAACCCCCCCAUUAAACAUCUUUCCCACGAGUGUUCCUAAUUACUGAAGGAUGUUGGAAACCUGUGUUCAGCUCUCCUCUGCCUCCACACUCAACGCACAGCGUUAGUGCCCUGCUUCCGCUAGCACAUUGGUCGUCUCAGGUUGAGGUGGAGCACCUUCGUUUCGUGUCUUGGAUCUCCUGGAAUUUAUGCAUAAUUUCUGUAUUAUGUUGGUGGUAUUAAUAAUAGUGCAGCAGGUGGUGUACUACUUAAAGCUGCCACCUUUGGACUCUGGGUUCACGUUUGAAUCCCACCUCUUGCUGCAGUACCCUUGAGGGAGGUACUUACCCAGAAAUUAUAUAGUAAAAACUAACAACUACUGUCCUGUAUAAAUGGGUAAAUAAGUGUAAUUAACUUUGUAAGCAGCUUUGAACAAAAGUAUCAUAAAUAAAUGUAAUAAUUUGGAUUUAAUUUACACCUUUAUGCACGGUGACUUACACUGCUAGAUUUACCACGUUACCGGGAAGUACUUGCCUUUCCACAUUGUAGAACGAUUUCCUACACACACAAACCGUAACGGUGAUGUAAAGUCACCAGUUCAUCUGAAACAUCUUUGGAGUGUGGGAGGAAACCAGAGCACCUGGAGGAAAUCCACAUGGACAUAAGUAUAUAGAGAUCUUGCAAACUCCACACACUCCAAGUAGGAUUCAAACCCACAACCCAGCAGCUGUGAGGCACCUGUGCCACCCACUGAUUCAGAGCGCCCCCUAUUGCCAGACACCUACAUUGUGGAAGCGGUUGAGGAUUUCGAACAGUCGGGCAAUGGGCACCGUGCGCUGCGUAUCCAAAUGAAGGGCCGUGUUUGCUCUACCCAGCAUUCUGUUCGUACUCAUUUUCUGGAGGCCGACUCCGUGCCGCUCUGGACUCGCGUCAGGCCACCGUGGAGGUGAGUGCAGAGCCUCAGCGUCUCGCCUGAAUGGACAUCCCCCGCCCCCCCGCCAUCACCCCCCCCUUCAGUCUCAUCGCCUUUCCGGCAUGCGAAGGGAAGUCCUUCCAACUGAUUAACAUGUUGGCUUGAGCUCCGCUGCCCCUGAAUGCCGUGGAACAAACCACUGCCAUGUCUGACAGGCGGCGAGUCCUUCUGUAGGUCCUCCCUCCUACUGGUAAUAAAAAAAAAAAAAAAAACAGAAUAAAAAUACAUAAAAACGUGCCUCUGGUUCGAC